CGGAAGACGGCGACCAAGUACAAGCAGCUCAUACCGCAGGAACCCAAGGACAUCAUCAAGCAGCGAUAAUUGGUGCCGUCCCAGACCACGCUGUAAAGAUGCGAACCGGCUCAAUCCCACGUACUCGUUUUGCAGAUGAGUAUAAGUCGACUCUGACAUGCGAAGCAGCGAUCCACGAUCCGCAGCUCCAACAUCUCCUCGCGAAUGUGAAUUGCAGCUACCUCUCCACCUACGCCAACUCACCGACGCUCACAGAACUAAAACAACACGCUCAAUCACUCGUCGUGCUCAUCAAGGCCUUGACCGUCAGCACGAACUCCGCGUUCAUCGACAACGCGAACCUCGGAGAUUGGUUGAAAGACGCAGUCUCGUUCCACGAUGGGGAGACGUAUGAUUUCCUGAAUGAUUUGAAUACACAUUACACUGGUCCCAAGACACAGCAGCUGCAGACGCACCAUUCAAUACCUUUGAACGCAGUACUCAACACUGUUGAGAUAGCACGCCACAACCACACAUACCACCCGACCCCGGCAUACGAAGUUAUCCGGAAUAUCUGUCCAUUGCAAGACGCGUACCCCGUGCCUCCAAACCAGGUCUCCCUCCCGUACGCCAAGCACGAACGGCUCAUCGAACACGCAAACGAAAUCCUCGAGCUGCUGGAUCACGAGUACUCAGCCAAAGGCGGCCUGCUCUCCAUCAUGCCGCCAAAAGAGCAAGAAGAAGACAGGAAGAAGGCAGAGAGCACGCUCCUUGGACAAUUGAUCCUGCACAUGCAGCACCUUGGAAUCAGAUGUCACGACCUCGAGCGUCUGUAUGCGAACGCGACCGACGCAAUGGCAUCAGAGGCUGUGAUUCCUCUGCAAAGACUUUCGAGACUCGGACCGGAUGGCAGGAAAGGGCGGGAAUUGGUGUAUCCGCAAGACCGCUUCGUGCUUGUGAAUUGUGGGGAGGACGUUUUCUCUUUCUUGAGCAAGGAGUUUGAUAAGAAGGAUAUUGCGGAAGAGGAGUUGAUGAAGCGGAACUUGAGGAAUGGGACGACGGGGGAAGCGUUGUGGCGACAGAGAGAAGGGAAGGAGUACUCAAGGGGUAUUACGGCGCUGGAUGUUGUGACAAGGUAUUAUCGCAUCCGGGGCGAUGAGAAGAAUGGCCAGGCUAUCAAAACGGUUUUCAUUAUUCCGGCCCAUGCGGAACAUCCUGGCGUUAAGGUUACCCGCGAGAUGGAGAGACAGCCAACUGUGGUGUCGGUCGUGAAGCCGCAGUGGCCUGAAAGACAGAGCAUUUUGGAAAUGAAGCACCGAAGCGAUUUGAAGGAUCUCAACAGACUUAAGCAAGAUAUCGAGAGGAUGAAACGAGAUCAGGAGAAUUCUGAAAUGGCCAAAAUAGUCUUACAACACCAGCUGAAAUUGAAAGAGGGAACGAUCUUUAGCCUGAAAGAGAAGGUGGAGGCAUUUGAAACGGCGUUAAACAAGCCGGGAGAAGAAGCAGCAUCGAUAUUGUUAUCGCAAUUUUAUACCCCAGCUAUUCAGAAGGAGAAAGAAGCGGAGAAGAUGUUGGCAAAGGUUAAAGCAGAUAAAGAUGCAGCGAAGGCCGCGAGAGAAGAGGCGGAGACUAUCCGCAACCGAUUGCAUGAGCAGGAGAAGCAAUGGGCCCAAGAUCUCGCUGCAAUGAAAGCACAAGAGAGAGCAGAAAGCGAUGAACGUCGUCAGAAUCUCCGAACGGCAGAGGAAGAAAGUGCUCGUGUGGGAGUGGGUAUUGAGGAAAAACUGUCCUCGAAAUGGCAGAAACAGAUCCAGGAGACGCAAGUGAUAGUCGAGCAUUUGAGAGCGAAGAAGAUUGAUGCUGGGAAUGAUGUGCCAUCGCAGGAGACUGUGGAGUUAGGUUAUCAGGAUGGGGCGAGUAUUUUUGGUUCUGCGGUGGGUAGUGCACAGCAACUCGGAACCGGGUCAGGAGGUCAGACAUUGCUACAACUUGAACUGGACCCGGAUGAUAUGGAGGAGGAAUCGAGUGGGUUUGUGUACGAUGAGAGUGAUCAGUUCAUGGAUGGUUAUGAUUGA